UUUUACAGCUCACUGACCAUUUGGCGAUCCAUUCAGAGGAGGGUUUGGAAAAGUGGCUUCUUUGUGACAGCUCUCGCCAGAUUGGGGGGCUGCUCAUUUGCAUCUCAUUAGGCAUGCGGGCGGCCGGCUGGAUAUAAGGGCGGCGGGCGCCGGCGAGAGCCAGACCUCGGCGCGCACCCGCGGAGACCCGGCGCGACCAAGGGCCCAGCGCCGCAAGAGCACGGGCCUCCGCGGCGCAGAGCCGCCUCCCACGGUCGGGCCCUCACCCUGCGCGAGUUUACUGGAUGGUAGUGGCUGGAUUCAUCCGGAAGACGCGUAUCUCCGUGGUGGCACAGGAGACAGGGGUCCAGAGAGCUCCCGGAACGGCCGCUGCCGCCGAUUGACACCCGGCCGCGAUCCGCAGGGGCGCGCCGCGCACACUCGCAGCCACCGCGACACCGCCCGCCGCCGACAGACUGCGCGCUCCGCCGGGGCCCAGGAUUAUCGCCUAGCCUGUGGGAUUUCCAGACCCCGGCUUUCUAAUCGGCCUCGGGAAGAAGCCGUAGCGGCUCUCUUGGGAAUUAAGCCGAAUUUCUGGACUAUCUCUUCCUUGCCCUCUCUUCCUCUCGUUCGCUCUCUGCCUCUCUGUGAGAAAAAGCUUAAGACAAAACCAGGAAAUCGAUGAUCUUACCUAAUCGUGGAUUGGAAGAAAGGAGGAAAACCGAAAGUUGCGGCUCCGCUGGCAGUCUCCAGAGAGAGCAUUUUUUCCCUCGGGCAUCUGCAGAGCCGCCGUCAGCCAUCCAAGGGCGGAUGUGAAGAGCCUCGGCCUCCGGCUGAGCCAGAGACAGGCUCUUAAAGAAGUCCUCGUUUUCGAAGCUUGGAGCAAAGCAGGGUACUUUUCUGUCCACCCUCCCCGGGGCGCAUUUAUCCUUCUUGCUUCCCCUGGCAUCUUAAGAGGAGAAAAGAAGGAGAUCCCAGAGGAGCGAGCGCGUGGAGCGGUGCGCCAUGGGCCGUCAGUGCGCGCUGGCCCUCGCCGUGGUCUCCGCCCUGCUGUGUCAGGUCUGGAGCUCAGGGGUGUUCGAGCUGAAGCUGCAGGAGUUCGUCAAUAGGAAGGGGCUGCUGGGGAACCGCAGCUGCUGCCGCGGGGGCGCCGGGCCGCCGUGCGCGUGCAGGACCUUUUUCCGCGUGUGCCUCAAGCACUACCAAGCCAGCGUGUCCCCUGAGCCGCCCUGCACCUAUGGCAGCGCAGUCACGCCGGUGCUGGGCGUCGACUCCUUCAGCCUGCCAGAGGGCGCGGGCGCCGACCCUGCCUUCAGCAACCCCAUCCGCUUCCCGUUUGGCUUCACCUGGCCGGGCACCUUCUCUCUGAUUAUCGAAGCUCUCCACACAGAUUCUCCAGAUGACCUCGCAACAGAAAACCCGGAGAGGCUCAUCAGCCGCCUGGCCACCCAGCGGCACCUGACUGUGGGCGAGGAGUGGUCACAGGACCUGCACAGCAGCGGCCGAGCGGACCUCAAGUACUCCUACCGCUUCGUGUGUGACGAGCAUUACUACGGGGAGGGCUGCUCAGUCUUCUGCCGCCCCCGUGACGACGCCUUCGGCCACUUCACCUGUGGGGAGCGGGGGGAGAAAGUCUGCAACCCCGGCUGGAAAGGCCCUUACUGCACAGAACCAAUCUGCCUGCCAGGGUGUGAUGAGCAGCAUGGAUUUUGUGACAAGCCGGGGGAGUGCAAGUGCAGAGUAGGCUGGCAAGGCAGGUACUGCGACGAGUGCAUCCGGUACCCGGGCUGCCUCCACGGGACUUGCCAGCAGCCCUGGCAGUGCACCUGCCAGGAAGGCUGGGGAGGCCUUUUUUGCAACCAGGACCUGAACUACUGUACACACCACAAACCCUGCAGGAACGGGGCCACCUGCACCAACACGGGCCAGGGCAGCUAUACCUGCUCUUGUCGGCCUGGGUUCACGGGUGCCACCUGUGAACUGGAGAUCGACGAGUGUGACACCAGCCCUUGCAAGAGUGGGGGGAGCUGCACGGAUCUCGAGAACAGCUAUUCCUGCACCUGUCCACCUGGCUUUUAUGGCAAGAUCUGUGAGCUGAGUGCCAUGACCUGUGCCGACGGCCCCUGCUUCAAUGGAGGCCAGUGCUCAGAUGGCCCUGACGGAGGGUACACCUGCCGCUGCCCCGUGGGCUACUCUGGCUUCAACUGUGAGAAGAAAAUUGAUCACUGCAGUUCUUCACCCUGUUCCAAUGGCGCCAAAUGUGUGGACCUCGGUGAUGCUUAUGUGUGCCGCUGCCAGGCUGGCUUCUCUGGGAGGCACUGCGAUGACAACGUGGACGACUGCGCCUCCUCCCCGUGUGCCAAUGGGGGCACCUGCCGGGAUGGCGUGAAUGACUACUCCUGCACAUGCCCCCCGGGCUACACGGGCAGGAACUGCAGCGCCCCUGUCAGCAGGUGCGAGCAUGCGCCCUGCCACAACGGAGCCACCUGCCACGAGAGGGCUGGCCGCUAUGUGUGCGAGUGUGCUCGGGGGUACGGGGGCCCCAACUGCCAGUUCCUGCUCCCUGAGCCACCCCCAGGCCCCGUGGUGGUUGACCUUACCGAGAAGCUGGAGGGCCAGGUUGGGCCGUUCCCCUGGGUGGCCGUGUGUGCUGGUGCCGUGCUGGUGCUGGUGCUGCUGCUGGGCUGCGCAGCCGUGGGGGUCUGCAUCCGGCUGAGGCUGCAGAAGCGCAGGCCCCCUGCGGACCCCUGCCGGGGGGAGACGGAAACCAUGAACAAUUUGGCUAACUGCCAGCGUGAGAAGGACAUCUCGGUCAGUGUCAUUGGCGCCACACAGAUCAAGAACACCAACAAGAAGGCGGACUUCUGCGGGGACCAUGGCACCGACAGGACUGGCUUCAAGGCCCGUUACCCCACGGUGGACUAUAACCUCGUGCAGGACCUCAAGGGUGAUGAAGCCACAGUCAGGGACGCACACAGCAAGCGGGACACCAAGGGCCAGUCCCAGAGCUCCUCAGGGGAGGAGAAGGGGACCCCGACCACACUCAGGGGGUGCGUGCCUCGGGCCUGGCCGGAGGGAGCUUGGGGAAGGCCACCUGGGGAAGGCGCCCAACAUCCGGGGUGCUGCACUGUCAAGAGGGGCUGGGGAGGGUCUUCUCCACAUUCCAGUCAUUUCCCUAUUCUAACAUGUCUCCCCAAGUUUAUGGAGGCUUUCUCUGAUUUUCCUUUUAGUGGAGAAGCAUCUGAAAGAAGGAGGCCAGACCCUGUCUACCCUGCACCCACAGAUACCAAGUACCAGUCAGUGUACGUCUUGUCUGAGGGGAAGGACGAAUGUGUCAUAGCAACUGAGGUGUAAAAUGGAAGUGACAUGGCAAAAUUCCCGUUUCUCUUAAUAAAUAAAAUUCCAAGGAUAUAUGCCCCAACGAAUGCUGCUGAAAGAGGAGAGGGAGGCCCUCCGUGGACUGCUGCUGAGAAACUGAAUUCAGACUGAGCUGGUUCUCUCCUGAGUUAGCAAGGUGACGCUGCCGCACUGCCUUCGACAUCCCCGUUGCACUAUGGACAGUUGCUUUUAAGAGAAUAUAUAUUUAAAUGGAUGGACUUAAUCACUAUGUGAGAGCAUGCACUGCCUGGAGUGUAUAUUUUGGAUUCUUAUGAGCCAGUCUUUUCUUGAAUUAGAAACACAAACACUGCCUUUAUUGUCCUUUUUGAUACUAAAAUGUGUUUUUUCUAGAUGGAAAAAAAUGUGUGUUAUUUUUUGGAUUUGUAAAAAUAUUUUUCAUGAUAUCUGUAAAGCUUGAGUAUUUUGUGAUGUUCAUUUUCUUAUAAUUUAAAUUUUGGUAAAUAUGUACAAAGGCACUUCGGGUCUAUCUGACUAUAUUUUUUGUAUAUAAAUGUAUUUAUGGAAUAUUGUGAAAAUGUUAUUUGAAUUUUUUACUGUUUUGUUAAUGAAGAAAUUCCUUUUUAAAGUAUUUUUCCAGAAUAAAUUUUAUGAAUG